AUGGUUCGCCUUUAUACACUUCUUUCCAUUGUUCCACACCUCCCUUUACCCCUUCCAUACGCUCAUGCUGCUCUUCUACCUCGAGUGGACGUUCCAUCCGAAUCGCCGGGGGCAGUCUCCACGGUACCAGCAACCAAACCUGCCAUCAAAGUGACGCCCUUCAAGCAGCCUCGCCAUGGCUUCCCCAAGCUACACCGCACUCUCAGUGUGGUGAAGCGACUGGUUGAGGAGAACGGUUUCAUGGUUGAGGUUUCUGAAGAGGCCUUGCGAGAUGUCCUGGACCAGAUCAACAGGCUUCAGGACCAAGUGAGCAGCAUGUUCUCGCCUGACUCCCAAGAUAAGGGAUCUCCUCAACCAGGAGUUGGUCAACCAGGAGUUGGUCAACCCGGCAGAGAGUCUGGACAACUACCCAGCGGUUCUUCUAAUACACCCUCCAAUGAGAACCUACCAGCUGAGUUGCCUACGCAACCCAACAGGACUGGGUUGCCCGACUCUGGUGAAACUUCUGGUCCAUCAAAGGUCCCAAUAGUCUCCGAUACCGACACAAGAUCCAACCUACCUGGACAACCCAACAUCCCCAAUACAAUUGUUCCGCCUCUACCUUCCAGUUCCUUCAAUCUACCUAGUGCCCCCGAGCAACCAGGACAAGCAGGACAAGGACAGUCCGAUGACCAGGCAGAUACAGUUGCCAGUGAGCUACCAGGAAACUCAGAUGGGGAACCAGCCAGUCUCCCAACUGAGGUACCGGGCGGGGAUUUGAACAACGUCUCUGCCAGCAGCGCAGAGACUCAGCCAUCUAGAGUCGAAUCAGCCCAGCAGCCAAAGGAGUCCUUACCUAGACAACCCGGAGAGGAGCCCGGCGACUCCAAGGUGCCAUCUGAGGAACGGCUCGGAGUGCAGCCAAAUGGUCAAUCCAUGAGCCUGCUCGACGAACAACCUACGGGUCAGCCUGGCGAGCCCGCUGCUCAGACAGCCAAUCAGCAGCCCCAAGGUCAAGCAGACCUACACUCUGGUACGAUUCCAGGAUCUCGACCUACAGGAGCUCCCAACAACGUACCAGAAGACCAGUCCAGCGCUCUUCCCGAUGGACAAGUCAACGGAGAACCCAGUGGGUUACCUGGAGGUGUAUUCGUGGAGGGGCCAGACAAGGUUUCCGGUUCUAGUCCAGGCGAGACAACUUCCAUAGGACAAGCCCAGAUUCCAGGAACAGAAGGAGGCCAGCAACCAUCCCAAACCAUAGACCCUAGUUGUCUUGAUGAAGAUGAGGUGAGUGGCCAACCCAACGUUCGCCGAAACAUUAACUGCGCUCCAGGUGUUAGUUCGUCCGCAACCGACCCGGGUCGGAUCUCUUCAGUCAUGACAACGCAUAAUUCAGCAACCCAAAGAGCACUCGGCGUCCAAACGGAACUCGGUACCCAAUCGACACUCGGGAUCCAGACAGCAGUCAGCGCUGAGGCAACUCUUGAGUCUCCGACAGCACUCGGAUCUCCAGCAGCGCAGGAGUUUGAGACGACACUCGACAUUCAGACGGCAUUCGAUACUCAAACGACACGCGACCCUGUGGCCACGCUCGACACUCAGGAAAUAUUCAACGCUGAGACAACACUUGCCAUUGAGGCAGCAUUCAACACGCAGACAGCAUCCGACGCGCGAACGGCAUUCGACACAUUAACGACAAUCAGCAUUCAGGCACAACUCGACACGCGGACAACAUUCGAUACUCGAACGGCGCCCGACACUCAGGCAACGCUUGACGCUCAGGCCGGACCAGACACUCAAACCGUCUCCGGCCUCAGAGGAGCAGAAACUUCGCGGCAAACGACAGAACAACCAGCCACGACCUCUGCCGCAUCCGGCAUUGAUAAUUCGCAAGUUUCGGCUUCGACUGAGUCCCCGGCAACUCUCACCACGGCCAUGGCUGUGCAACAGACUCUCACGGAAUACGCAACAACUCGUGAGACGCAGCAACUUCGAACUUUGGUCUUCACAUCGGUUCUUACGAGAUCAUCAAGGGUAAAGUGGACGACAACACACACCGAGUUCUUUCAUAUCGGUCAGCCCACCGAGUCCCCUACAAUCCCCGGUCUAGUGUUUAAAGAGGACCCGGAUAUGACGUUGAAUGGAGAUGAAGGCCCCACAGUCGCAAGCGAGAACUCUGGGUCCAGCACGGAUGAAAGCAUAUCCCAGAGCAUGGCGCCAAGCACGGCAGAAGCUUCGGGGUCGACAAGCUUUCAAGAGUCAGGGCUUGAUAUUGCGGCUGCGCUCUUAACGGAGAGCAUUAUCACCAGGAUUUCGACAAGCAUGAUCUGGAGUGACGGCAGUACUCCAGCAACGACAGCACCCAGGUCUCCACCAAGACCACUGUUGCCUCCCAACGCCGCGGCCGCCAACACGACGUAUGCAACCCCGGCCAGCGGGUUCAGAACCAUGGCAAAGCAGACGAAGAGUUUGAUGGAAAGGGCAGAGAUGAUGUGA